CCUUAAUCUGCCGGAAAUGGCAUUCUCUCCGGUCUACCUCAAAUACCGCCACCACUUCCCACUUUUCCUCAUUCUUCUCUCUCUCUUCCUAAUCUCCCAUGCAAGACUAACUCUUGACCAUUCCGACUCAAAGGCUCUUGCCGCAAUUCUUCAAGACUUGGGCAUCACCGCUCAAAGGUUCCCCGCCGCCAAUCCCUGCGGUACCGCCGGAGUUUUCUGCGAGAGACGCCUUUCCGAAAACAAAACUUACGUUCUCAAAGUCACAAGGCUUGUCUUCAAAUCCCAAACACUUGAUGGGUCUUUGUCUCCUGCAAUUGGGAAGCUCUCGGAGCUCAAAGAGCUCUCAGUUUCUCACAACAGACUCGCCGAUCAAUUCCCGCCGGAGAUCGUUCACUGUAAAAAGCUCGAAAUCCUUGACCUCGGGAACAACACGUUUUCCGGUCAGAUACCGUCGAAUUUGUCUUCUUUGGUCCGCCUUCGAGUUCUCGAUUUAUCUUCCAACAAGUUCACCGGCGACUUGAGCUUCUUGAAGUAUUUUCCCAAUUUGGAAAACCUCUCCCUUGCCAGAAAUCUGUUUACCGGGAAAAUCCCGUCGUCUAUACGUUCAUUCCGAAACCUCCGGUUGCUUGACUUGUCGGAGAACAACCUGCUGGAGGAUAAUUCAGCUCCAUUGAUGAACGAACUCGAUGAGUUUGCAGUCUCUCAGUACCCCAAACGGUAUAGUUUUGCCGAGAAGAAAUCAAGAAACGGUACUGCUCAGGCUCCAUCACCAAACGGAAGCAAAUCUGCAAGUGCUGAAGGUCCCAGUUCAUCACCAGGAGAUCACCAGGGACACAAACAUAAGACAAAAAGGGCAGUGGAAUGGAUCUUGGGAUUCUUCGCUGGAUCUGUAGGUGGUGGAAUAUCUGGGUUUAUCUUCUCCCUAAGUUUUAAACUGGUGUUGGCGUCCAUUAGAGGAGCUGGAAAAGAUCGCGGUCCAUCCAUAUUCAGUCCGUUGAUUAAGAAAGCUGAGGAUUUAGCUUUUCUAGAGAAAGAUGACGGUCUGGCUUCAUUGCAGAUCAUAGGGAAAGGAGGGUGUGGUGAAGUUUAUAAAGCUGAAUUGCCCGGAAGUAAUGGCAAAUUGAUUGCCAUCAAGAAAAUCAUUCAGCCCCCAAAAGAUGCAGCCGAAUUAACUGACGAAGACAGCAAGCUUCUACACAAGAAGAUGAGACAAAUCAGAUCAGAAAUCACAACUGUCGGCAAAAUCCGACAUAGGAACCUUCUUCCUCUCUUGGCUCAUGUCUCUCGACCCGACUGCCACUAUCUGGUGUAUGAAUUCAUGAAGAACGGAAGCUUGCAGGACAUUUUACAACAAGUUUCGCAGGGUAAUAUGGAGCUGGAUUGGCUUGCUAGGAUGAAGAUCGCCAAAGGAGUGGCUGCCGGGCUCGAAUAUCUCCACAUGAGCCAUAGUCCUCGAAUCAUUCAUCGAGACCUCAAACCGGGGAACAUCCUUCUCGACGAUGAAAUGGAAGCCAGGAUCGCCGAUUUCGGGCUGGCAAAGGCGAUGCCGGACGCCUGCACGCAUGUGACCACUUCGAAUUUGGCUGGGACCGUGGGGUAUAUAGCACCUGAAUAUCAUCAAACACUGAAGUUCACCGACAAAUGUGAUAUUUAUAGCUUCGGGGUGAUACUGUGUGUUUUGGUGAUGGGAAAGCUUCCGUCGGAUGAGUUCUUUCAGCAUACUGAGGAGAUGAGCUUGGUGAAAUGGAUGAGGAACAUCAUGGUUUCGGACAACCCCAAGCAAGCCAUUGACACUGAGCUGAUUGGGAAAGGGUCUGAAGAACAGAUGAUUCUGGUUUUGAAGAUUGCUUAUUUCUGCACUUUGGAUGACCCAAAGGAGAGACCCAACAGUAAAGAUGUUAGAUGCAUGCUGUACCAGAUCAAGGGCUGAAAUGUUUUAGGCAUCUUCCUCAAUAUCAGAACC